AUGACGUUAUCCCCUCGCACACUCCGCCCGCCCCUCCCGCUCCCGCUCCCGCCAACUUCAAACCGCCGCCCGCCGCCGCGUCCCUCCCGCCCUCGCCUCCCGGCGCUCGCGCGCCGCCGCAGCAGCAGCGUUCUCCUCGCCCGGCCGCCGCGCGCGGGCGCGGGCGCCGGGGACGGCGGUAUGGCGUCGCACCCCACGCUGCUCGAGCACAUGGGCCGGGCCGGCGCGCCCGCCGACCUCGCCGUCCUCGUCGCCCACAUCCAGGCCGCCUGCAAGCGCAUCGCCGCGCUCGUCGCGUCCCCCGGCAACGCCGACCUCUCGCGGGCCAAGCCGGCCGCUGCCGGUGGCGCGUCCGCGGCGGCCGGCCGCGACGCGCCCAAGCCGCUCGACGAAUUGUCGAACGAGAUCAUCCUGUCGUCGCUCCAAAGCUCCGGAAAAGUUGCGGUGGUGGCGUCUGAAGAAAACGAUCUCCCCGUUUGGAUGUGCGACGACGGUCCCUACGUUGUUGUCACCGACCCGCUUGAUGGUUCUCGCAACAUCGAGGUGUCGAUCCCCACUGGAACGAUAUUCGGGAUAUACGACAGGCUGGUGGAACUCGACCAGCUCCCUGUGGAGGAGAAAGCUCAGCUCAAUUCACUGCAGAGCGGCUCUCGCUUGGUCGCUGCUGGAUACGUCCUGUAUUCAUCUGCCACUAUUUUCUGCAUCAGUUUUGGCGCAGGAACCCAUGGAUUCACAUUGGAUAGAUCUACAGGAGAAUUUCUUCUGACGCAUCCUUCCAUGCAAAUACCCCCCAGAGGACAGAUAUAUUCAGUGAAUGAUGCGCGGUAUUUCGACUGGCCAGAGGGCCUGAAGAAGUACAUUGACACGAUCAGACAAGGCAAGGGGCAGCAUCCCAAGAAGUACUCGGCUCGGUACGUGUGCUCGCUGGUUGCUGAUUUUCAUCGGACGAUCAUAUAUGGUGGAGUCGCAAUGAACCCAAGGGAUCACCUUCGGUUGGUUUACGAGGCGAAUCCUCUCAGUUUCCUUGCCGAGCAGGCAGGGGGGCGAGGCUCAGAUGGCAAGACCAGAAUCCUCUCCAUUCAACCUGUGAAGCUGCACCAGAGGCUGCCAUUGUUCCUGGGGAGCAUGGAGGACAUGCUUGAGCUAGAAAGCUAUGGAGAUGUCCAGCAGAAGGUCAAUCCUGGAUACGAUGUUUAA